CAGCAAUUCAGAAAUACACGCUUAAAACUUUCGAAACGGUGAAAAUUAUUGUGUCAAUAGGCUCACCAUUGAUUUGGGAUCUUAAAAGUUCAUUAGGGCAUUAUGUGGAGAGCAUUCUUCGUUACUCUGAUAUUGGCUCUAACGCCGCACGCCAUACUCAGCGCUAAACUACGCAAGGUGGAGGUUCUUUAUGAGUGGAAACAAAUGGUAUAUGGCUUCGCUACGGAGGAAGAUCUUCAAGAUGCAAUCGACAAUGAUAACUUAGUACCUGAAAAUGCAACACCCAUCGAUGUGGCGGUCGAUUACCACUCGAAAAAGGGAAAACGUGUCUUUACGACAACUCCCAGAUUCACCACAGGCAUUCCGUAUACUUUGGCGGUGGUGACUGACAAAACUGAGGAGAAUGGACCAGUACUGAUGCCAUAUCCCGACUACAGUUGGCACAAUUCAAAUGGCAGUAGUUGUGAAAAAAUUACUUCAGUAUUCCGUGUGGCGAUAACUGAGUGUAAUCAAAUGAUCGUAGUCGAUACGGGCGUUAUCGGCGACGUUCAACAUUGUCCGCCACAGCUACUCGUCAUCGAUUUAAACACCGAUACCUUGUCACAUCGUUAUGUUUUCGAUCCAAGCAUAUACGUAGAUGUCGCUUCACUUUUCAUUGCACCAAUAGCUAUUGUAAGCGAUCCUCCGCCAAAAGGUAGCUGUAGCAAAGUAAAAGUAUAUGUGGCCGAUGUCACGUUUCAUGGUCUGGUUGUUUAUGACUCGGAAUUGGAUGCAGCUUGGCGUGUCGAGAAUAGAUUUAUGUAUCCCGAUCCUGAUCAAGGCUUACACACAAUUGCCGAUGAGAAAUUCAUUCAAAUGGAUGGCAUAUUUGAUUUGGCCAGUGAUGGAAAAAAGCUCUACUUCCAUCCAUUAGCCUCUAUAAACGAGUAUUCGGUGCCGCUGAGCGUCAUAAACAACCGUACCGUAUUUGAGGAGAAUGUGGAAGCCGUGCCGUAUGCUUUUCGUCGGGUGGGAGAACGUAGCAGCUCAUGUGCCGCUCAUGCGAUGGACAGUCAAAACAAUCUCUACUUUGUUACAUUCAAUCCAAUCAAGUUGACUCGUUGGAGUCCGAAUAAGCCGUACACACCUAAAACUGAGUUAGAUAUACCAGCAGACCCGAAACUGAUUGAGUUUGUAAGCGGCAUGAAGGUGCACAAAAACAAAGCCGGCAUUGAGGAAUUAUGGAUGACGUCGAAUCGUUUUCAGAAAAUCUCCAGAGGCACUUUAGAUUUCAAUGAAGUUAACUUCCGCCUUUUGCGUCGACCUCUUGAUGACAUACAGAAAGUGUCUAACUCAGAUAAAUCUCAUAGCGUGUCAGUGUCCUCCUCAGAUGAAUCUCAUAGCGAGUCAGGGUCCUCCUCAGAUGAAUCUCAAAGUAAUUCAGGGUCCUCCUCAAAUGAAUCUCAGAGUGACUAACUGAUCUUCACAUUUUGCAAACGCUUGGUCAAUUAUGGUAUUGUGAAAACCUUUUGUUGAAAAUUACUGCACAGUAAUCAUAAGUAGUAUUAUAUAUGCACCUUAUAACCAUUUAGCAGAAAGCUCGAUGGAGAUUUUGUAAGCACAAAGUAGAGUUUUCGAAUUCAAGCACAUUUAUUAGCACUCCAACUAUAUUGUAUUAAUGGAUACCAAUAAAAGUUAAUAUUCUUCCGCAUUUAUUUUCUGAA